CAUGGUUGUGGUGGUGUGGUGUUAAUAGCGCCACGUAUUCGAUUCUCAUGAUUGUAAUUAUCCAAAGAAUGGGGGGUUUUCGUAAUUUUUACAUUAUCUGAGGGUGUGGCCGUAAUUUACCCAAAAGAAAAUGAGAACGAUUGCCUUGAUUGUGAAUUUGCCACCUAAUUAAUGCCUUGUGCUCCACACCGCUUUAGUGCCGAUUUUCGAACGUCAUUUUAAUUAUUUAUCCUUUUAUUUUCUCCAAUUUAUUUCUCGAUUCUAUAUAUAUAUAUAUUUUUUGUUUUUGGUAUCUCUGCAAUCUCGGAAAUUAGAGGAUUUCGUGAAUUGGGUAUGGCGGGCAGGCUUAUGCAUGCGGUUCAGUACGAAGGUUACGGCGGUGGUGCUGCAGGUUUGAAGCAUGUUGAAGUUCCGGUUCCUACACCUAGUAAGGGUGAAGUGUUGUUGAAAUUGGAAGCCGCGAGCAUAAAUCCUAUUGAUUGGAAGAUUCAGAAAGGAAUGCUUCGCCCUCUUCUUCCGCGCAAGUUGCCUUGUAUACCAACUACUGACGUGGCUGGAGAGGUAGUAGAAAUCGGAUCUGGAGUCAAAAACUUCAAACCUGGUGAUAAAGUUGUUGCUAUGCUGAGUGCUCUUACAGGUGGCGGUUUCUCCGAAUACGGAGUGGCCAAUGAAAACCUAACUGUUCCUAGGCCACCCGAAGUAUCAGCCGCCGAAGGCGCAAGCCUUCCAGUCGCAGCGCUCACCGCCCACAUGGCACUAACCCAAUCCAUUGGUCUCAAGCUCGACAAAAGCGGGCCCCACAAAAACAUCCUCGUCACAGCAGCUUCGGGUGGGGUCGGUCACUACGCCGUCCAGCUGGCGAAGCUCGGAAACGCCCACGUAACUGCCACCUGUGGGGCCCGCAACAUUGACUUUGUGAAAAGCCUCGGGGCGGACGAGGUUCUUGACUAUAAUACCCCCGAAGGAGCCGCCCUUACGAGUCCGUCGGGAAAGAAAUACGACGGUGUGGUUCACUGUGCACCGGCUAUUCCUUGGUCGGUUUUCGAGCCGAAUUUGGGGUCGAGUGGGAAGGUGGUUGAUAUCACGCCGGGCCCCAGUGCCAUGUGGACUUUUGCGGUGAAGAAACUGACGUUUUCGAAGAAGCGUUUGGUGCCUUUGCUUCUGAUCCCGAAGGGGGAGAAUUUGCAGUAUGUUGUUGAUUUGGUGAAGGAAGGUAAGUUGAAGAGUGUGGUUGAUUCUAAAUUUCCUUUGAGUAAAGCUGAAGAGGCUUGGGCUAAGAGUAUCGAUGGACAUGCUACCGGUAAGAUUAUCGUGGAGCCGUAAGUGAUUUUUUUUUAAUAAAAUAAAUAUUCGAAAGGAUGUAAUAUGUGGCUGAUUUGGUUCUUGAUGUUGUAUUUUGUUUGUUGAUUGGCCGUUUAUGGUUUUGCGUGUGUUUGUCUUAACUUUUAUAUAAUAGCAAUAUUUUGAUUUGCUUGAUGGUA